CUAAUUUUCAACAUAGACAACAGCUUGUGUGAAGCUGUCACUUUCAGGGUGUGCACCACCCAGUGUUCAUUUGUUAACAUCAAUAAUGUGUGACCACGAAAGGAAACCCUUCUGAAGGUGUCUGGGGGCGUUCCCGGCCGCGGUGCGGUGCCGGCGACCGGCGUCAGUCGACGUAACGAUCCGGGAGGCCGCACACCGCCUCUCGCUCCUCGCAGCACCGGGACAGCAGCAGUAGCAGCAGCAGCAGCAGCAGCAGGGACAGCCAUGUCGGCGGCAGGCCGCGUGGCGCUCUACGGAGGGGCCUCGGCCGUCCUCUGGUUUCUCGUGGAGAUCACGGCCGGCCAGAUACUGGCGGCGCUGUUUGCCGUCUGGGUUCUCACCGGUGGAUGGAGGAUGCUGCGGAUCGCCUACCGCACCCUGCCCAGGGAGCUCAUGGCCGUGCAGCGGUUCGGCAGACUCCUCUACAAGAUCAAGGUGUGCGAGCGCUACAACAUGUCCGUGCCGGAGCUGUUUCAGCAGACGGUGGCCCAGAACCCCAACAAGACGGCCAUUAUGUUCGAGGAGCAGCGCUGGACGUACAGAGAG